CCUACUCACAUUCUGGGCACACUGAGCCACAAAUAACAAAAUAUCGCACUUCACUUGUACUAUUUUUUCGGCUAAUACUAAAAUAACGUAAGGAAAAUGGGUGAACGCUACAACAUCCACAGCCAGCUGGAGCAUCUGCAGAGCAAGUACAUUGGAACAGGUCACGCGGAUACCACCAAGUUCGAGUGGCUAACGAAUCAACAUCGCGACUCCUUGGCCAGCUACAUGGGUCACUACGAUAUUCUUAACUACUUUGCCAUAGCGGAAAAUGAAUCGAAGGCACGAGUGCGCUUCAAUCUGAUGGAGCGAAUGCUGCAGCCAUGUGGACCGCCACCAGAAAAGCUAGAGGAUUAAAAUAAACAAUUUUUAUAAUAAAGAAAAUAAUUGAAAAGAAAA